AUGUCACAUGGCAUGCGACGAUGUGUCGUCGACUAUGAUGGCUGGAUUCUUUUUUCGUCUGUCGACGGCGCCAUCUUCGUCGACGUCCGACGAUAUCCGACACGACGGCGCGCCAUGUGGGAUUUGCCUCCGGUUUCGGCGAUGGAUCUCAGUUGGCUGAGUCAACGUUGCUGUGCACAGGUGGCAUUAGACGUUCUCCACUGCUGUUCGACACUACUAACACAGCAUUUCAAAGCAGACGCUGGUCGUAUCGCCAGUUCAGGAAGGCGUCGCCUAAUGAACUACAUUGUCCUCAUUGAGCCGUUCCGUGUUAGUUCAUACGGUGAUAAGCAUAUUCUUUUCGCCAAUAAUAAUCAUCCUAAUAAAGCUGAUAUUUCACUACUAUCCCGACGCGUCUACAAGUCAAAGUGUGUGACUUGUGUGUUCGAAGUCGCCAAUGCCGGUCUUGUGGUUCUAAUGGAGGAUAUUCUGGCCGAGUUCAAGCGGUGGUUUGUUGGAAAAAGGAUGAUCGGGCUCGACACGGUGUUCAUCGUACCACAUUCAUCCGAUGGAGAAGAGGUCGUUAUUGGCAGAGUAUCUGCAGUUGGUAGCAAAAGAAAUGCCUUAAGUCAUGCCCACUACUAUCUUCUGCCGAAGUGCACGUCUGAAUACGAGCAGUUCUCAAUCGACGACGACGGCACCAUCACGUUCAGACGACAACUGGAGAAACCGCCGCCUCGUAUCCAGCUCUGUGUCUUGGCCAGCAAUCACGCGGGUUUGAAAACAACCAAUAUGACAUUUGAGUCGAAGAAUGCAAGUAUGAUUCGGACAGUCGUCAUUUUCGAUGAGAAGACAUCAUCUCCACAAAUUCCUGUCCUACAGAACAACACAGUUACAGUAAUCCAAGAAGGUUUGCGAAGCACUUCAAUACCGGUUGCUGACAGUAAAGGUUUCGACCGAGGCGUUCGAUAUUCGAUAGAUCACGUGAAAUUCACUGCGUCUCAAAAUUCUACAAAACUACCUACUGCUGGCUCUUCUCUGUUCUUCGUCGAACCCAUAACUGGAGAAGUCGGCGUGAAUCCUCUGCUUACCGAUAAUCCUCAAGGCGUCUAUAGUGUCGUAAUCAAUGCCUCGUCGACAACGCUUAAAGAGCCGUUGUUUCAGCUAGUUAAGAAGUUCCAUUAUGUGAAGAACGACAUGAAGAUGCGUUUUGUCUUUGACAUGACGCCUGAGGAGUUCGCCGUCAAUCGAGAGCAGUUUAUGAGAAAGAGUACACUCUCGCUUCUAAUUCUAAGGGGCCACAAAGCUGUUGUGGCAAGCAGGACGUCUGUGUGUUUUCACGUGACAAUGGCCGAAGAAAUCCAGAACAAACAUUCUGCCAUGUCGGCUCUGUCCACACCCAAGGCCAAAAAGAGCGAACUUUCUCGUCUUUAUAACCUUUUUAAGGUCAUAAAUAUCGCGAGCUGCUCGGAUCCAGUGUCAUCUCUUCAGCAAUCGAUAUACCAGGUAUCAAUGCAUGUACUAUUACUUGUCGUCUCUGUCAUUAUUCUGAUCAUCAUGCUUACCGCCCUACUCAUCUACAUUUGCUUCAUCAGAAGAUACAAAGAACAUCUACGCAUGAAGAAAAAGCAAGUGAAAGUAGCAGAAGGGACACUGUCACCGAUGAACUUUUCUCAAACUUUUAUUCUGCCACCCAUAAUGUGA